UUUUGAGAGUUGGUAAUACUGUACAUAACUUUGUUUGUGCUGGUGACAGUUAAUUUAAAUUUUCGGAAUAAUCGUUGUUGUUUGUGCUUUUCGUUUCGUGAUUUUUGUUUCUUUUCUUUUUUUCAGAUAUAUUCAAAUGAAAAAUGGAUAAAGCUUUGAACUUCAGUGGGUUAUUGCGGUUGCAGAGCCGCGAUAACAAACAUAAAGUUAAACCAACACAAUUUACCAGUGUUGCUGGAGGGGUAAAAAAACGAUUAGAAACCAAUGUGAAGAACAAGAGAAAGACAAGACAAACAUUUUUUGACAAUUUUCGUAAUCUACCAGAAUGUGAGCCACAAGCAGAACCUUCAUUGACAAAAGGAGAACAAAGAAUGUUGCAGUUAAAAAAGUGGAAAGAAGAAAGGGAAAAGAAAAAGCAAGAAAAGUUGAAUUUAAAGAAAAAGCCUUUUAUUGUGAGCACGGUCAAGCAUGUCCUAACAUAUGAACCUCUGCCUUCCAUGCUUCGGCCCAGCUCAUCAGGCAGAGUGACAAGGUCCCAGACAAGUAAUAAUGUCACAAAUAAUAAGGAAGUUAAACAUAAAUACAAAUUUGCACCUAAAAAUGCUGCUUUUAAUCCUGUUCUUAAGGAUCUUGUUGUGCCUCCUUUGACUGUUUAUGGUAGAGAAAAAGCUGCACCUAAAAAACAGCAGCCAGUGAAUAAUAACUUGCUUCCAAAGCCUGAGCCGAGAACUUUACGUAGUAGAACAAAAUUAAAUGAUAACGCAACUGUCAAACAAACCAGUAACCCAGGUCUGUUGUCAAAUAAAACAAAAUCAAAUACAAGAAAAACUUAUGUAAUUAAUGAACCCACAGCGAAGACUGACAUAAAAUCUAAAAUUAAAAAAAAUUCAUCAAACGGUGAAGAAGAAACACUUGCACCUAAAGUUAAAAAAUCAGCUAAAAGUAAGAAAUCUGUUCCGUCUAAAGACCACAUUACAGACUCAAUUGGAAAUCCACCAGAAUCAAAUAAAAGUGAGCAAAUAAUAUUACCAAUAAUAGUUGUAUCACCAACACCAAUUGAAAAACUAGCAGAGUGCUCAUCUCAACCAAGUAGUAUGGAAGCAGAUGUUGAGAAUCCACAAAGUCCAAAAGCAACACAAAGUUUAAAUACAAAAUCAACACCAAAUAGGCCUGUCAACACUGUAGAAGGCUUUACACCAAAGAAUCCAAUACCAAAAAGCGAGUCGAGCUCAGAAGAGAAGCUCCGUUCACCAAAAUCAAAUAACACCGGGUGGACACCGGAACAAAUAGCAUUGGAAGUGCAAAUGAUCAGCCCUCGCGUUUAUUUGUCACGGGGAAAAGAGAAUAAUAGAAAGGAAAUGUUGAGGAAAAUUGCAGACGGCUUAAUGGACGAUGAUUACUGUGAUAUGGGUGUACACCAUUUCAAAAACCAACUCAAUUCUGAGAUCCAAAACAUGACAGAGAAGUGUGCAACGUGGGACAAGAUAGCAGAGCAAACUACACUACCAGAUGAAAUACAAGAGGAGGUGCUGGCGGCGGUGGGGCAGGCGCGGCUGCUGAUGGCGCAGAAGAUGCAGCAGUUCGCGUCGCUGGUGCGGCGCUGCGAGCUGCCCGAGCCGGGGCAGGCGCUCGUCACCACCGGAGACCUGCAGGGCUUCUGGGACAUGGUGUUCAUGCAGGUUGAAAACAUAGAAAUACGUUUCAAGAAACUAGAACAGGCGCGCGCCCGCGGCUGGGUGGCGGAGCAGCCCGAGCCGACGGCGCAGCGCCAGCGCAGGCCUGCGCCCCCGCCCAAGCAGCCCGCGCGCGCCGCCCGCCCGCCGCCCACCAGUCGCAUGAAGGACAUCAUCGCGGCGGCCCGCAGAGCCAAGAAAGCCGACACCGCCGACGUGAAGACGUUCGAAGCAGGAUUCUUCAGCGUCCAGUCGCCGGUGAAGUCGCCCGCCACGCUCGCGUCGCCGGUGCGCGCGCCCGCCACGCCGCUCGGCCGGCCCUCGCUGCUGAAGAGCGUGCUGUCUAGCGAAGCUAAGGCCUCCGCUAAAAAGAGUUCGUACGCCAUACUGCGCGCGUCGUCGAUCAGCAAGCAAGUGGACAGCGACGACUCGCCGUAUGAGGGAAACCAGAUCCACAUGCCACCAAUAAACUGGAACGCGACGCCAGGGAAGAGCAUACUGAAAUCACAAACUAACCCAACCCCGAAAUCGACGGGCAAAAUAAAGUUCAAACUAUUUGGAGAUAAUAAUGAACAAGUUCAAAAUGGAGAUGAUGAUAAAACCUCCAGAGUCCAUAAAUUGCAAGAUGCAGAGAAAUCAGCAAAUCCUGAUAAAUCACUGAAUUCGGAGGAAUCACAGAAUAUUGCAGACGACACUUCUAAUGCUGCAGCAUUGGCCACUGACAAGUUGCAGAAUUUGAAAAUAUCUUCAGAAACAGUGGAAAAGAACACAGAAGAGAAAGAGAAUAGACGUAAGUCUAGAAGAAAGUUGGGAUUAACAGCAGAAGAAACCACUCCAGUAAUGACCCGAAGUAGGAGAAAGAGUCUACAAACACCGGCUAGUGAGAAUUUGAAUGUUACACGAUCUUCUAGAAGGAAGAAGACUUUGUUAGAAGUUAAUGAUGUAAAGCAACCAGUCACUCCAUCUGUUAGUGGAUUUAGAAAAUGAGUUGAUUUCAUUUUCAUUUUAUGUGUAAUACCAAAUUAUGGUCAUGUAGAGGCAUACUUAUUUUGUUUUAUUGCAAAAAUAUUUGAAAUAUAGUAAGUUCCUAUUUUGGCCACGCGCAAAGGGGAUGUCCCAAAAUGGGCCCUUAUUAUUUAUAAUUUAUAAGCAGGUCGAUAGUAUUUUUUACGGAUAGAAGAUACAAAUUGCUGUUGAGAAAAUAAUUUUCAGAAUUUUUGGAACCCGCUAUUAAUUAGAUAAAUAUUUUUUUUUGUUUCGCUCCCUUGUCUACAAAUUAAACAUAGACAAUACAGUAAAAGUGUUCAAAUGAACCAAUAAAAACACCUGGAAUUGAAUUUACAUCCGGUGUAAGCUGUCAAUGUCAUGUAAUAUUGUCAAAUGUCAAUAAGACACAAGUAAAAAUAAACAUCAAAUCUUAGCCAGAGAAGCAUUAAACAAAAAAACCUUAAGUUGCUAUAAAAACGCCAUAAACGAACGCUACUACGCGAAGAUCACUGACCAUCUGUCAGGAUGUGAGUUACAAGCAUGUUGCCAUGAUAAAAAUUCUUAAUUAAUGUUAUCAGCUAAUGGAAAAAAUACAUUUUAUUUAAUGAAUUAAAAAAAAAGUGCGGGUUCCAAUUUUUUUUUUAUUUUUGAUUUUAAGCCCUAUGUUUUAUGUUCUUUUAAGAUGAGAAUUAUUUGUUUUGCUUAGUUGACAUUUGGAAUAAAGGCCCAGCCUCCAUACAAAAUUGGGACAUGUCCUAUAUCUUGCGCGUGGCCAAAAUCGGAACUAAUUAAAAGUGCCGCUAUCUUGUCGUGUAUCUCUAACGCUGGCAACAUAUAUCUAUUCUCAUAAAAUUGCGUGGUUUGACAUUUCCUCUGUAAAUCGGAGCGCUGCUUCGCUUUUUAAUGUAUUUCGUAUUAAUUAUUAUAAUUAAUAACAAUUCUGUAUUAUCUGA